GUGCGCAGCCUUUGGCGCCCCGCCCCCGCCCCAGCCUCCCUCGCGGCGGGGUGAGGGGACGGGGCGGGUACGCGUCUAUGGCGGCAUCUUCCUCUUUCUCCUGAGGCGGGCCCGGCACCGGCACCGUUCCCACCAUGCACAGCCUGGCUACAGCCGCGCCUGUGCCAACAGCGCUGGCUCAGGUUGACCGUGAAAAGAUCUACCAAUGGAUCAAUGAGCUGUCUAGCCCUGAGACGCGGGAGAAUGCACUGCUGGAGCUGAGCAAGAAGCGUGAGUCUGUGCCUGACCUUGCCCCAAUGCUGUGGCAUUCGUUUGGCACAAUUGCUGCUCUCCUUCAGGAAAUUGUAAAUAUUUAUCCAUCAAUCAACCCUCCGACUUUGACAGCCCAUCAGUCCAACAGAGUCUGCAAUGCUUUAGCCCUUCUACAGUGUGUUGCAUCACAUCCUGAAACGAGGUCAGCUUUUCUGGCAGCUCAUAUCCCUCUCUUCCUGUACCCCUUCCUGCACACAGUUAGCAAGACACGUCCAUUUGAGUACCUGCGGCUCACGAGCCUUGGAGUGAUUGGGGCCUUGGUGAAAACUGAUGAGCAAGAAGUGAUAAAUUUCUUAUUGACAACAGAAAUUAUCCCCCUGUGCUUACGCAUUAUGGAGUCUGGCAGUGAACUCUCCAAAACGGUUGCUACAUUUAUUCUUCAGAAAAUCCUCCUGGAUGACACAGGGCUGGCAUAUAUCUGUCAGACUUAUGAGCGGUUUUCCCAUGUUGCCAUGAUACUGGGUAAAAUGGUCCUGCAGCUCUCCAAGGAGCCAUCGGCACGGCUGCUGAAACAUGUUGUCCGCUGCUACCUUCGCCUUUCCGAUAACCCCAGGGCACGUGAAGCUCUCAGGCAGUGCCUUCCUGACCAACUGAAGGACACCACCUUCGCCCAGGUCCUGAAGGACGACACCACCACAAAGCGCUGGCUGGCUCAGCUCGUCAAGAACCUGCAAGAGGGUCAAGUCACUGACCCACGGGGCAUCCCUCUUCCUCCACAAUGACUGCUGGGGGAGGUGGGGGAUCAGGGAAGAAACAGCUCAGGUUUACAAAGAACCAGGAACAGGUGACCUUUUCCACAACAAACUGGGCAUGCCAGCUGGCUGCUGCCCUGCAGACCAUCCCACCCAGCUAAAGGGCUGCUCUGUAGCAGUGCAGCAUGCCUCUGGGGAUUGCAACACCAGCAAAUGCUGAUACUACAGCUUAAAAAAAUAAAAUCAAUAAAAACAAUCUGUAAAGAUGCUUGUCUCCCCAGCAGGCUUGGCUGGCGCCUCUCCCCCCACUGCUGGGCAGGGGCUAGUGCAGAUGUCUGCUCUUCAAGCUAGUUUAGCCUCCACCCAAGUGGGUGCGUGACAUGGGGUGCGCACGCCACAUCCCUCCAGAUCCUUCUCACUUCUUGUUUACACAUCUGUUUAGAUGAGUGAGUUAAAUAAAAGCUGAUCCAGUUGUUCUGUCCCCUCUUAAGAGUGCUACUCAGCUGCAAGUAGCCCAGGGACAGCUUUCUUCCCUGCCAGCACAUCCUUGCUUGGGCUCCGCAUCGGGCUGGCGUCGUCAGCUUCUCUCUUCCUUUCCUUUGGCAUGGAGGCAGUGUCUGGAGCUGGGCCACCGUGAUGCUUGCCCUAGGAGGAGGGGUGGAUUAGUUGCGAUGAACCCGCACGUCAUAAGCUUGCUUCCCAGGGCUCUGGGGGAGGAGAAGAGAGCAGGGCUGCAGCUCUUAUGCUGUAAAAAGUGUGCUCCUGCAGCUAACCAGUGGCCGGGGGCUGAUGUGUGCUGGCCUCCCAUUCAGCAAGGCUGUGGGCUGGCUCAUCGAAUGGGGCUCAGCAUUAGGGAACCUGCCCAGUGGUGGUCGGCAGGCCACCCACCGAUGAUCCCCAUCUGCAGGACAGCUGGGAGUGACAUCCUGCAGGCUCCAGGUAUGCUGGCUUCUGCACCCGCUGCCUGCCAGGCGUCUCGGUCCUGGCCCCCCUCCCUGUUCUGCCCCACCACCGACUCAUCUCUGCCAGCAGGCUGCAUCCAUUUCAGCUUUCAAACCUGCCUUGGCAUCUGCCUCGGCCCCACUGCAAUUAAAAUGGACCAGCAGCCGCUUCCCUGCCUUCCCUGUGCUGAGGGGUGAGUGUGGCUGCUGUGAGCUCUUGGAAGCAGCCAAGGAGCUCCUGGGCACUGCUGCAGCAGAGCCUGUGCUUGGCUGCAGGCAAGCCUGGGCAGCCACUCGAUUUCUCCCUCUCAAGUAGCCCAUUUUGCUGAUCAUCUGCAGUGUUGUGCCAACAGUGUCUUAAAUCCCAUCUCGUUGCCCUUCCCUCUUCCCCUCGCAGCCUUGCGUAACGAGGGCAGAGCACGGCCUCUUCCUUGCCCCUGUGGUCCUGUUUUAUAACUGUCUCUUUUCUCUCCCCUCCACCCUGACCUUGACAGGGUGUGAAAAUGCUUCUGUUUGAUUUUUCUUUUUUUUUUUUUUUUUGUAAGUUCAGAUUAAUAAAUAAUAAAACCCCAGCUAGCACAAA